AUGGAAGUUCUUAUAGAAAAUCGCGACUUUGAUGGAUUAAAAGAGUAUAUUAAAAAAGAAAAGAAGAGUUCAAAAGAUGAAGAACUAAUAACAUCGAUAGUUGAUGAGCUAAUGCGAAAAAGAGGACUUAAAGUUGCUCAACAGCCAGCGGCAACCAUUGAGGACUUCACCCGACGCCAUUUCCAUUUUUCCUUGCAAUUAAUGAAAGCGGGUUUCUGCUCAAAAAUGCUUCCAAUCACUACUCUACAAGAUAUCCUCGAAUCGAGCACUAUCGAAAAGUGCAAAUUGCUGUUCACAAUUGUUGAAGAGCACAUGCCUGAUUUCAAGCAGCCUCCAUUAAUUGAUAGUGCGCAAAACUCGAUUUUGAGAUGCUGCAAUGAUCUUCUGCGAAGGCUCAGCCGAACAGCGGAGACUUCGUUUUGUGGUCGAAUUAUGUUCUUCUUAAGUAGAUAUUUGCCAUUGUCUGAAAAGUCUGGCCUCAAUCUCAUGGGACACUUUAAUGUGCAGAAUAUCACCAUGUAUGAUCAGACCGAAUCCGAAAUGGAGUCGUUAAUGGCUGGAACGACUGCUGAAGCAGAACCAAGCGAAGACAUGGAGGUGGGCGAAAUAGACGAUGAUGGGGUUAAAGAAAUUCAAAUAACACCCGAAAUGUACCGUCAGUUUUGGAAUCUUCAAAAAUUCUUCUCAAAUCCGCCGUCAAUUUUUGAAAAAGAUAAAUUUUCUCAUUUCAAACAAGAUUUAUCAAUGGUUCUCAAUUUGAUUGCUACGAAUAAGUUAGAAAAACCAUCGCAAGAAGAUGAAGGGCUUGAAAAAAACACGAAAAGCAAAUCGGAUGAGCUAUUCUUUCCCAAAUAUCUGACGAGUCCCAAGCUUCUUCCACUUCAAUUGAACGAUUCUCAACUUCGCCGCCAUUUUCUGUUGCAGUGUUUAUUUGUAUUCCAGUAUCUAGUUUCAGAUGUUAAAUUCAAAACUCAACCCAAAAAGCUUACUGAGGAACAAACUAAGUUUAUAAAUUCCACUGAGGAGAAAUGCUUCAAACUUCUCGCCGAAACGAUGCCAAAAGGUUCAUUGUUCACAUCGAUUUGCAAGAAAAUUUUGCACCGCGAAGCAGAAUGGUCGGCUUGGAAAAAUUUGAAUUGUCCGGAUUUCACCGAAAAAGCUGAUAAAGCUCCGAUGCAGUUGUAUAGGAAACGAGCUCGCACCGAAUUCGAUCCUUCUUCGUUAGAUCUCGGCACGCCGGAACUUACAAAAUUAUGGACGAAUGAACCGAAUAUUCUGGAAGCUUGUAAAAGCUUGGAAAGAAUGUUUUUCCCAAAUAUCGUUGACUUCAUUCGAGACCCAUUGGAUGAGAUGGAUCCGGAACAGCAAGUUGAAGAACAGUACAAAUCUGUCAAUUCUCCAAUGUUCCAAUGGCGAUGUGCCCGAUUAUUAAUGACGGAAUCACCGCAAUACAUUGCAAAACUUGAAAAGACUCAGGAAGCGACGAGUAAUAUCAAAGAGUAUUUGGAGAAGACCAUUUAUAAUACCGCCAAAACGCAUCCGGAAUUCAAAGAAGAGAUUUCUGUGCGAGAAAAACGGGAAGCCGAAGCACGGAAGAAGGUUGAGGAAUCGUUGAAACGAAAAUUGGAAGCAUCAGCAACGUCAUCACCAAAUUCUUAUACGGAAAAUGCGUUGACGGAUGAGCAUUUUGAAAAUUUGGCGAAAGCCUUGGCAAAACAUGCGAAACAGCUCGCUGUCGUGCUAAAUGUUGAUGAGAAAGAAUCAGAAAAGCAAUUGAGGCAUUCUGGAAAGAAAAUGCCAUCAUUUUUCUUGAAAGGAAAAAAGAAAGCUACGCCGAACAAAGAUAAUCGAAAGAGGAAAAACGUGAAAAACACCCAAAAUGAAGAAAUUGUCGCAAAAAUGUCUCGACGGCAAAAGCUGAUGGCCAACACUGAGUUACACUCGGAUGAUGAGGAUUCACUAAUGGGAAGUCCUCAAGCUUCUGGAGGCGAAAGCGACGUUGAAUAUGAAGACGCACACGAGAGGAAUUUUCGAGAAGCAAAAAAGUUGCUUGAGAAAAUUCAGACCGUUGCCAAAGAUGAUGAAGAGGUUGAGGAGAAGCUGAAGGAGGACGCAAUUAUGAGAACUGGAACACAAAUGAGACAGAUUGCAGAUUCUGUCAGUCUCAGCGAUGACGAUGAAUUUACAUACAAGGCGCACAGGUUGUCGCCGUUGUGCGUCGCAUUUUCACCAGAUUCUCGAUAUAUUGUCAGUGCCGGUAAAGAAUCGAGUAUUGUCAAAUAUGACGUGAAAGAGAAAAAAAUAGUUGGAGUGAUAAAACGAGUCAAGAAAUCCAACGAAGUGCAAAAAGCGCAUUACGGUGUUAUUUUUGCUUUGGCUGUAUCACAAGAUCAGAAAUUUUUAGCUUCUGGAGGAUACGAUAAUGUAGUCAAGAUUUGGAAUUUCAACACAUUAGAUCAUAUUAAAGAUUUGAGUGGGCAUCGAGGCGCCAUUUAUUCACUUUGCUUUCAACUCAAAACCAAUAAUUUAUUUUCUGCUAGUCAAGAUCGUUCGGUAAAGAUGUGGGAUGUUGAUCAACUCGGACUUGUCGACACAAUGUAUGGCCAUCAGGAUGGUGUUCAGCAGAUUUCGAUUCUUUCGAAACAACGAGUUGCAACUGUCGGCGGUCGCGACCGAACAGCGAGAUUGUGGAAAGUUGAAGAUGAAAGUCAAUUGAUGUUUACCGGAAUGCCGAAUUGCACGAGCCUCGAUUGCGUCUCAAUGAUCAACGAGGAGCACUUUGCGACGGGAUCGGCAGACGGAAGCAUCGCAUUAUGGUCAUUUUGGAAGAAGCGGCCGUUAUUUGUGAGGAAAGAAGCCCAUGGUUCAGCGAAUGGAAGUGGCCGAUGGAUUGUGGCACUCACGGUUCUACCUUAUACAGAUUUGAUGGCAAGUGGAUCGAACGAGGGUGAGCUCAAGUUGUGGAAAAUCGGGCAAGAUUUCAAGAAAAUCACGCUCUUCUUUUCAUACUCGAUUAAUGGAUUCAUCAAUAGCUUGCAAUUCUCGCCAAAUGGAAAAAUGAUCGCUGUGGCAUCUGGAAAAGAACAUAAAGAUGGACGGUGGUGGGUUAUGAAAGAAGCCCGAAACCAGGUGACCGUACUGCCUGUUCACUAUGAUAAUGAAGAAUCGAAUACCGCUGAAGAAUCGAAAGAAAAAACUGGCGUUGAAUCGGGAUCGGAAGAUGAUGAGGUUGGGGGCUCACAAAAUCGAGUUUCGGCGGGAAAGAAUAAGGAGAAGAAGACAAAGAAUUGCGCAACAAAACAACCGGGCGAAAUGGAACCGAACACAAUGCUUGCCACUAUAUGUGGCGCCCGUGGGCUUUAUAUGAAGAAUAAAACGAGUAUGGAAGCUUUUUGUACAGUAACCCUUCAUGGAAAAGGUUCGUUGAGGAGUAGAGCGGCGACAGAGGCCAUUCAGUGUGAAGGUGACUGCAAGUGGGACGAAGUAUGCGAAUUCAAGCUUAACGAAAAAUUUAAUUCGUUGACGAUUGCAGUUUACAGUAAAGCGAAACUGGGAUCGGGCGAUGUUAUUGGGAAAUGCGAGAUCGAUUUGGAACAGGCGAAAUCGUUGCAAAGUGGUCCGAAUUGGCUGCGAUUGAAGAAGCGAAGCAACGACGAGAAAUAUCGAGGAGAAGUUCAAAUGCAAUUCCAAUUCUCCUAUGAGAAACCGUCAAUGUCAAUCUCGUCGACGUCUCUUAAUCAUUUGGCGAAUGAAGGAAAAGAAUCUGGCGGUGGUCUCAUGAGCAAAAUGAAGCGGAAAAUCAAACUAGCGAAAAAUGGGCACAAACAGGCCGAAGACACGAUGUCAAUGGCUUCUGCGUGGAGUGUCGCUAGUACAAAGAGCACGAAGAGCCAGCGGUUCUUUGGAAAAAUUGGAAAAACUCUUGGGAUCAAAGACAAAUCCUCGACUUUGCCGGUUGGGACAUUCCUGACGCCUAAUGAUAAUCAUCUCGACACAUCCAACGGGCUUUAUGAAACAUGCAAUUCUGGUGGAACGGAAGGACUUGGAAGCCGAGAAAAUAGCUCGUUCAAUGUAUUCGACAAUGUCAACGGCGGCUAUUCUCGACCUGCAUCGACUGUUGGCGUCGCGCUUGGAAACAGCAGCAAUCCAUUUGCUGAUGCGACUUCGCCACAACCUCCGCCAAGAGCAAUCACCACUCCAACAUCACGGCAUUCAGCGACACUUCCACAUGGAAAUUAUACAUCACCGGCGAUUGGAAAAGACUAUUUCCAGCGGGCGCCGAGUGUUCAUAGCAACGCUUCAAGUGGUUUCGAGUCAUCUAAAAAUCAAAAAAAUAUCGAUCCUGGAAAUGCGCAGGACUUGCUUGCUGUCAUCGAUAGUUUGAAGUUAGAGCUUCAAGUGAAGGAGAGUCGCAUGAAGGAUAUGCAGAGCUACAUGGAUAACCUUAUUUCGAAAGUUAUGGAGAGAAAUCCCGAACUUCUUGCCGCUCAUUCUCGCGAAAAACCAAAGAUUCGAUUCUUCUGA